GUAAUGAAUUUUAGGCCCAGUAACAAGAAGAGGUUCAAGGCUAUUUGCAAGAAAGGAUGUCCUUUCUAUUUAUGGGCAGCUCCUAUGAUUAAAGACCACAACACUAUACAAAUAAAAUCUGGAAUCCUCAAACAUGAGUGCACUAGGGAUCACAAUGUGAGGCAUGUUAGUGCAAAAUGGGUUGCUGAGCAUUAUUUGGAUCAAUUCAGGGCAGAUCCAGGCUGGUUAGUAGCAGGCAUCAUGCAAGCUGUGAAGAAAAAUCAGCAAGUUAACAUUACAAGACUAAAGGCUUGGAGGGCAAAAAGUAUUGCAAAAAGCCUAUUGGAUGGUGAUGAAUGUGAGCAGAUCAAGAGUUUAUAUGAUUAUAGGCUUGAAAUCCUGCGGACAAAUCCAGGCUCCACUGUAAUGUUCAAGUGUAAUGAAGGCAUAUUUCGAGGUAUGUACCUUUGCUUGGGUCCAUUGAAGGCAGGUUUCAUGGCAGGAUGCAGGCCGAUUAUUUCUGUAGAUGGUUGCUGGCUCAAGGGACAGUUUGGAGGACAACUGCUCUCAGCUGUGGGAGUAGAUGCAAAUGAUUGCAUCUAUCCCAUAGCAUGGGCUGUGGUGGAUAAAGAAAACUACGAUAACUGGAGAUGGUUCCUAGAGCUACUGGCAAUAGAUUUGGAAAUUAAUAACGGUCAUGGAUUUGCUUUUAUGAGUGAUAGACAAAAGGGGGAGACCAAUACCAAAUUAUAUGCAAUGAUGGCCAAUUUGUGGUGAACAAAAAGGAAAAAACAUGCACUUGUAGAAGGU